CGCAGCACCGGAGCAGAGCGGAGCACAGGACAACAUGGCUGCCGCUGCAGGCCGACUCUACGGGGAAGGAGGCAGGGCAACGAAAAGACAGAAAACCGACGAAGGAGGGAUGACAACGGAGGGCUACGAUGACCCGCACAAACCCCUGCCCUCCCCGGUGGUGCACAUCAGGGGCCUCGUGGACGGAGUGAUGGAGGCGGACCUGAUGGAAGCCCUGCAGGAGUUUGGCACUAUCAGUUUUGCUGUCAUGAUGCCCAAGAAGCGACAGGCGUUGGUGGAAUUCGAGGACAUGAAUGGCUCCUGUAACGCAGUCACAUAUGCUGCAGAGAACCAGGUGUAUAUAGCUGGUCACCCCGCGUUCAUCAACUACUCUACCAGCCAAAAGAUCUCCCGUCCAGGCGAUUCUGAUGAUACCCGGAGUGUUAACAAUGUGCUGCUGCUCACCAUCAUAAACCCCAUCUAUCCAAUCACCACGGAUGUGCUGUACACAAUAUGCAACAACUGUGGUCCUGUCCAAAGGAUUGUCAUCUUUAGGAAGAAUGGUGUUCAGUCCAUGGUUGAAUUUGACUCUGUCCAAAGUGCUCAGAGGGCUAAAGCAUCUCUCAAUGGAGCUGAUAUCUAUUCUGGAUGUUGUACUCUGAAGAUCGAGUAUGCUAAGCCAACACGCCUCAAUGUCUUCAAGAAUGACCAGGACACUUGGGACUAUACCAACCCCAAUCUGAGCGGCCAAGAUGCUGAUGGUGAAGGCAAUUGGAACAAUUCACAAGAUCCUAACGCCAACCCUAACAAACGCCAGAGACAGCCAGCUCUCCUGGGAGAUCAUCCUCCAGAUUAUGGAGGUCCUCAAAGUGGUUAUCAUGGCUAUGGUGAUGAUAGCUAUGGGCCUCCCCCUCCUCACCGUAUGGGUGCGGGCAUGGGGAGCCGGGGCCGUGGAAGUCAGCGCUAUGGUCCAGGGUAUGGACCCCCGCCCCCUGAGUAUGGACCCCAUGCUGAAUCACCAGUUCUCAUGGUUUAUGGCCUUGAAUCAACUAAAAUCAAUGCAGACAAAGUUUUUAACAUAUUCUGUCUCUAUGGCAACGUAGAAAGGGUCAAGUUCAUGAAGAGUAAGCCUGGAGCUGCAAUGGUGGAGAUGGGAGACUGUUAUGCAGUGGACAGAGCCAUCACUCAUCUCAACAACACCUUUCUUUUUGGACAGAAGCUCAAUGUUUGUGUCUCAAAGCAGCAGGCAAUUGUGCCAGGCCAGUGCUAUCAGUUGGAUGACAACACCAGCAGCUUCAAAGAUUUCCAUGGCUCACGCAACAAUCGCUUCACAUCUCCAGAGCAGGCAGCGAAAAACCGCAUCCAGCACCCCAGCAAUGUCCUGCACUUUUUUAACGCAGCACCAGAUAUUACUGAGGAGUUCUUCACACAGGUCUGUGAAGAGCUAGGGGUCAAAAGUCCCUCAAGUGUGAAAGUGUUUUCUGGUAAAAGUGAGCGGAGUUCAUCUGGUUUGCUUGAGUGGGAAUCAAUCAAUGAUGCCAUGGAAGCCCUUGCUUUGCUGAACCAUUAUCUCAUGAAAAAUUCAAGUGGACCUUAUCCCUAUACACUGAAGCUCUGCUUCUCUACCACACAUCAUGCCAACUAAAGAAUCGUCUCCAGACUCCUAACUAUAAUACUGUAUUUGAUUUUUGUGUUGAGUGUUGGACUGUUGCUUCCCACAUGGCAAUCUAUCUACAAAGUUUAGGAAUAACUGCUUUAAUGUGUUUCCACAAGUUUUAUAUCAUUCAUGUACAAUUUGAGUUUUUACAAUUGUUCAGCGAAGUAUUGCAUUGUUAUGUAAAUUAACAUGUAAUGUGCACCCAAGUCUUGUAUUUUUAAAUAAAGUGGACAGUACCCUUAUA